CUUAUAAAUGUCACGUGGUCAACAACUUGUUGCGCGGCAUUUAUUCGAUGAUCUUCAUCUUGAAUGAUCUUGAUCAUCUAGACUAGAGUCUAAGAGUGACGAGUCUUAAGAUCUAUCUAGAUCUAAUUUAAAUCUAUCUAGAUUACAUUUAGUCUAUAUGAGCAAUUAUUGUAAUUGCAUAGACACAUAAUUAUAGUGAUGCCAUAAGAAGACUUUAUCAUUGAGUUUAACAACAAACUUUCUCAAUAUUAACUAUAUGGAGGAUUGAAAACAGGACUCUGCUUUUGUCUAAUGAUCUCUGCUGUCAUAUAUAAUAGAAAGAAAUGAACAAAUCAGUGUAAAAACUCAUGCAACUGAAACAAGAUAUUGAAUGAUGUUCAAGAUUUUAAUAUUAAGAAAUUCUAUUGACAAAGAAAUCUGAAAAACAAAUUCACUCAAGAUCAAUGAAGGAAGAUAUGGAACAUGACUUUACUAAUUAUCUCAGAAAUGUCAUGAAAAUUUUUGAAGAAAGAAUGCUCUUUAGUGUUAGAAGACAGGGAUCAAACCUUUACUAAUCACCCCAAAAUUGUCAUGAAAAUUGAGAAGAAAGAAUGCUCUUUAGAAGACGAGGAGCAAGACUUUACUAAUGAACUCAGAAAUGUCAUGAAAAUUGAGAAGAAAGAAUGCUCUAUAAACUCACAGACACCAGAAAAUCACUCUAGUGGCCAAAUUGAUUUGAUUUUCACAGAAAAUAUACAGACUAAAGGGAUUAAUGUGAAUCAAGAUAUGUAUGAUAGAAAUACUCCUAACAUGGUAGAGUAUUCUGAAGCUUUGAAGAUUAUGGACAACAUCAUUUAAAUGAUUGUAGAACCCAUCAUAUGGUUUAUGCAGUGAAAAAAAUCCAACACAAUUCAUAAAUGUACAGAAAUAUUCUCUACUUCAUCAAUCUCAAAGGGCCAUGAAUUAAUUCAUUCAUCUAUGAAAACAUUUAGAAGUGAAAUGCUUCAAAAUAAAUUUCAUAAAAAGCCCCAGAAAGAAUUAUGUCAAGCAGCAAACCUUGACAAACAAAAAUCAAUUCUUUCAGGGCAAAACAAAUGUAAGUGUGACUUGUGUCAAAAAGAAAUGUCUAAGUCACACUUAACAAUUCACUUGACAAGUCAUAUUGGAAAAAAACUAUUUCAAUGCCCCAUUUGUCAAAAAGAAUUCAUGCAGUACUCGAGCUUUAAAUGCCAUGAGACUAUUCAUUCUGUUAAAAAGCCAUUUAAAUGUCUAAUUUGUCAAAAGGAAUUUAGUCAUCUUUCAAAGUUCAAAGGGCAUGAGACUAUUCAUUCCGGGCAAAAGCCAUUUAGAUGUAACAUUUGUCGAAAAGAGUUCCGUCUGUCCUUCAGUUUAAAAUACCAUAAGAUGAUUCAUUCUGGGAAAAAGCUUUUUAAGUGUGACAUGUGUCAGAAACAAUUGUAUCAUAAAAAAGACUUGGAAGUUCACCUGGCUAUUCAUUGUGUAAUUAAACUAUUUCAAUGUAACAUUUUUGGUAAAGGGCUUAAUCAUUCCUCUGGCUUAACAAGUCCUGUAAUGAUUCAUUCUGAGAAAAAUGUAUUUAAAUGUGUAAUGUGUCAAAAGACAUUUAGUCAAUAUACAUAUUUGAAACAUCACAUGUUGAUUCAUUCUGGAGAUAAGCCUUAUAAAUGUAACAUUUGUCAAAAGGAAUUCAGGCGGACAUCAGGAUUAACAUACCAUGACAUGAUUUGUUCUGGAAAAAAAACAUUUAAAUGUCGAAUUUGUCAAAAGGAAUUUGGUCUGAAUGGAAACUUAAAACGUCAUGAUUUGAUUCAUUCUAGGAAAAAGCCAUUUAAAUGUAACAUUUGUCAAAAGGAAUUCACUCAGUCCAACAACUUAAAAACCCAUGAGAUGAUGGUUCAUUACAAAAAAACAACUUUUAGAUGUGAAAUUUGUCAAAAGAAAUUCAGUCAGUCCUCAAAUUUAAAACGCCAUGACAUGAUUCAUUCUGGAAUAAAGCCAUAUAAAUGUCAAUUUUGUCAAAAGAAAUUCAGUCAUUCCUCAAAUUUAAAACGCCAUGGCAUGAUUCAUUCUGGAAUAAAGCCAUAUAAAUGUCAAUUUUGUCAAAAGGAAUUCUGUCAAUCCUCACAGUUAAAAAGACAUGAGGUUAUUCAUAUUGGUAAAAAGUUAUUUCAAUGUGACUUUUGUCAGAAAGAGUUUUAUCGUAUUUCAGACUUAAAAUACCAUUUAAUGUAUCAUUCUGGGCUAAAGCUAUUUAAAUGUAACUUUUGUCAAAAAGAUUUCUACUUUUCCUGCCAUCUAAAAACCCAUGAGAUGGUGGUUCAUUUAAAAAAAAAGCCAUUUAAAUGUCAAAUUUGUCAAAAGAAAUUUGCUCUGAAUGGAAACUUAAAACGUCAUGAGUUGAUUCAUUCUAGAAAAAAGCCAUUUAAAUGUAACAUUUGUCAAAAGAAAUUUGCUCUGAAUGGAAACUUAAAACGUCAUGAGUUGAUUCAUUCUAGAAAAAAGCCAUUUAAAUGUAACAUUUGUCAAAAGGAAUUCACUCAGUCCAACAACUUAAAAACCCAUGAGAUGAUGGUUCAUUAUAAAAAAACAACUUUUAGAUGUGAAAUUUGUCAAAUGAAAUUCAGUCAGUUCUCAAAUUUAGAACGCCAUAGCAUGAAUCAUUCUGGAAUAAAGCCAUAUAAAUGUCAAUUUUGUCAAAAGGACUUCUGUCAAUCCUCACAGUUAAAAAGACAUAAGGUUAUUCAUAUUAGUAAAAAGUUAUUUAAAUGUGACAUUUGUCGGAAAGAGUUCUAUCAUAUUUCAGACUUAAAAUACCAUUUAAUGUAUCAUUCUGGGCUAAAGCUAUUUAAAUGUAACUUUUGUCAAAAAGAUUUCUACUUUUCCUGCCAUCUAAAAACCCAUGAGAUGGUGGUUCAUUUAAAAAAAAAGCCAUUUAAAUGUCAAAUUUGUCAAAAGAAAUUUGCUCUCAAUGGAAACUUAAAACGUCAUGAGUUGAUUCAUUCUAGAAAAAAGCCAUUUAAAUGUAACAUUUGUCAAAAGGAAUUCACUCUUUCCAAUAACUUAAAACGCCAUGAGAAGAUUCAUUUUCGGGAAAAGCGAUUGAAACUAAAAAAACUGUUCAAAAAGGAUAAUUAAAGGAUAAUUCAGUCCUCGGGUCUAAAAAAGCCUUAUAUAAUUAAUUUUUAUAAAAAAAUAUUUAAGUGUGACAUUAGUCAAAAACAAAAGUUGAAUAAGUCAAAGUUAAUUUACCAUGUGUCAAUUCAUUGUGAAACCAAACUAUAAAAUUGUCCUUUACAUUCUUACAAAAGUCAAAACACCAGCCAUUUCACUUUGGUUUAAACCUAAUUAAAUUCUUUUGCUGCUCACAGGGGAACAGCCAUAAGUAGUUUUUUGUGUGGUCUGUCUGUCCAUAAAAAAACAGUUGGAAUUCUGAUUUCAUGUUGUUUUGCAACUUGCACAGUUUUAACUCUUUCUCUCCUAAUUAACUAUACCAUCGUUGAUUUAACCCAAUUAAAUUAAUUUUUGGCAGUAUGCAUGCAUUAUCCCAUAAUUCUAUACCAAAGUAACGUUUUCUGAUUACCAACAAAAAUAUUAUUGAAGUUUAAUCAUAAAAAGGUAGAAUGUACAAAUGUGAGAAAAUAUGUCAGAAUGUGGAAAAUAAUUACAGAGAUAAAGAGUUAAAUGCAACAGCUUAUAUAUAUAUAUAUAUCAAAUCAUUGAAUAAGAACAAUCUGAUAUAAACUUUGUCACAUGUAAAUUAUGAGUGAGUCUGGUGUGAAUGUACACUUUGAUUUCUUAUAGUUAUGUUUUUUGUUUGGUGUAAUGCACAAAUUGUUAGACUAAUUUCCAUACGGACAAUAAAGAUUAUUAUUAUUAUAUAUAUAUAUUCUCAUAGGUAACCAAUUUGUUUUAAAAUGACAUGUGAAACUUUUUUAUUUCAAAAUAAUAUUUCUAAACAAUAUGUAAAUAUAUCAUUUUCUAUUAAUUUUACUAUUGGGCUAUACCAAGCCACAUAAGGGAAAUUAUUCUUCUUUAUAUAUUUUUUUUUUAUUUGUAUAUCUACAAUGUUGCUAUUUGACAAAAUAAAGUCUAGCUCUAAUAGAUACAUUACUAAUGAACAUGUUUUCUGCUGUAAAAACUACUAGUGAUUUAGCUAUACGUUAAUUACCCUGUUAAAUGAACCUACUUGUUAAAUGACUAAUGCCUUCAACAGGAACAGAAAGUGGAACACAACUACAUAGACUUCAAAAAAGCUUUUGACAGGGUUUGGCAUGGAAGUAAUAAAGUUUAACAUGGAGAUAAACAUUAUAUAUUUAAUCAAAGCCCUGUAUCAAGUCUGAACAACCAGCUCCUUUGAACAUAUUUCUGGAGCAUAGUAUGAUGGAGAGACUAACUUUUUUGACUCUACCACCUUUUCCAGUUUUCGGUAGACCCCCUUACUUUGCUAAUUAUGCAUUUUUGACAUUUUUUUCACUUAUUUUUAUUUCAAAUAGAUCGAUUUAUUAAUAAAAUUCAAAUAAAUAAACACAUAUUAGUUGGUUACUUUGAUAAUAAAAUUUCCAUAAUGGGAUUUAAUUUUAAAGGUUUAAUAUUUAAAAUCCUUGGUUAGUGAGGUCCAGUUAGUUUUU